CUAUUAUGUGAUAUUAUACUAGGCUAUUUAUACCCGACCCCAAUUAUGUUGUAUACAGGCAACGCAUAUAACAACAUGGCGAUUUCAAGGAAACGAAUGACGUUUUCCUUAUGACUAAAGUGUUCACUGAUUUAAAUGGCUGCAAGCAGUCCAGGGAAGGAUACUAAAUGUUGUUCCUACCUAUGUAGACCACGAGUUUUGCUGACGUUUGGUGUUCCUCUCCUAGUACCAUCAGUAAUCCUGGUCGCAAUAGCAUUUGUUUCAUUUCCUGACUUUGGAGUAAUUCAUAUCUGUGGGAUACUUUUACUUACUCUGUCCAUUGUUUGUAUAUCUUUUGGUGUUUUGAUAUUAGUGUGUGGUAGACUUCAAAGGAAAAUGACACCCCAGCCUGAGAAAAUGCCUGUUGACGAACCUUGUGUCGAAGUACCGAACCAGGAAUUGCCAAGGGUGGAUGGUAAAAGAAAUAGGACUCUUCGCAAGUCUUCGAGACAAAGACAUUCAAAUGGAUCUGUCAAAAAUAAAGAAUCUCCUAGAAAGACUAGACCGAAGAGGAAAAAUUCUCGAGGAGUCAAGGAUGCCAUAAUAAAUAACUCAGUUAAACUUCCGACUGUAAAUGAAGACAAUGAAGGAGAGAGAUUAAGGAUACUUAGUGCUGGAGGUGUGUCAAGAAAAUCUUUACCAACUUUACCUACUGAAAUACUCGUUGAUGCCAACUCGUCAACACACACACCACGAACAUCUGAAUCUCGUCAAACAUCUCUUACUCGUAGAACGUCUAUGUCUGUUCCUCGUGUGGAAGUGUGGAAAGAACAAACUAUAUUGUCUGCUAGUAGUGAACUCAGCAUUUUAUCCGAUUCUUCCAUAUUUUUUACUCAAGAUGUGGAACUAACACCAGUGGAAGUGUUGGAACAAAAUGCCCGCUUUUUAUCGUUCCCGGUGAAUCCCCCACCUAGGUCCCUAUCAUUAACCAAUAUGUUAGAAGGAUCAAGCUCUGAUAAUACAGAUAUGGACAGUAGAAGAAAAUCUGGCAGUAUUAGUGAUGAAACUUCGUUUAUUUUAUCAGAUGGCUUAGCUAAAACCCAACCAAUUACCAACAGUGAAUUGGAACAUUGACGAACGUUGUUAGUUAGUUGAAGGAAAUUGUUAAUUUUUUUGCAUUUGUUUUUAUUUAAGAAUAAAAUUUGUUAUUGUGUCUCUGUCCUUUACGAAUAAAAAUCUCACUG